AUGGUUAAGUACGGAGCCGUGCCGAUCCUCGUUUUAUUGGCUGCUGGUCAUUAUGGUUCUCUGGCAGAAUCCGAAAAUGGAGAGUUCCAGAAUCCUUGGGACAACUUAACAGACUUACUGGGAAGAAUACCCUUAAGAAUGGCAACCCCGCAGCCAAAUUUUCAGCUGAUCGGCUCCAGGUACUUCCAUAUCGAACAAAAUAUCAAGCAAAAUUGGACCACUGCUGCCAGUACCUGUCGUCAACUGGGCGGAUAUCUGGCCGCGAUGAAGGACGAAGAGGAGGCGAAGGCCAUCAUCGCUAGACUCACUCCAUUUAAGUACUACUACAUGGGCAUCAACGAUCACGAAAAAAGGAGAAGCUUUGUGUCCUUGGCUUCUGGCAAGCCUGCCUUUUUAAAGUGGAGCAAGGGCGAACCCGACUACGUUUACCAUGACCAGAACUGCGUUUCGAUUCUAAAUUUCAACCCCGAUGACGAAGGCCUUAUGGUGGCGCCCUGCUCUAACAAAUAUACAUUUAUUUGCCAGAAAGAUACAGAAAUCUAA